AUGGGGAACGUCGCCGCCAAAGAAGCGCCUGCCGCAUCGCCGCCAGUUCACGCGCGCGACACGGCAACCAAAGCAACGUCAACACCAGCACCAAAAGCAACGUCAACACCAAAAGCAACGUCAACACCAAAAGCAACGUUAACAGAAACGGCAACCUCAGCAGCAAAGGCAACAGCAACGGCAACCUCAGCAGCACCCGCAACGGCAGCGGCAACCUCAACAGCCACGCCGCCAUCUGAUUCGCCACCCGCUGAGUCGCCGCCGCUGUUUCGCGUGCUAUCGGCCGACCAGCGCGCCGUCACGUUCGACGAGCGCGUGCACCUGCGCGCCGGCGCACAAGCGCGCGCAGACCGCGUGACGCUCGGCCUCGAUGCGCUUUCGGACUUCCGCCCGCUGCAGCGCGCCGCGACGUUCGACCCGCGUCUGCGUGCGCAGCGGAAGCUCUUGACGGCGUCGGACGUGCUGCACCGCCGCUUUUUCAACGUGCGCGAGCGCCGCGUGAGCGUGGGCGCCGACCGCAACCUGUUCCGCAUCACAGAGGAUGACACGGAGCGCCAGGAAGCGGUUGUCGUUGUCGACCCGUACUCGACCGGCAUGACGCUGGCCGAGAAGGCCCUCGCGCGGGGCUACGCCUGUCUCUGCGUGUACUCGGACACGCUGGAAGUGACGCAAGAGCGCAUUGCACACGUGCCGAAGCACGUGACCGCCAAGUACGGCGCGAUCAUCUACCACGACGGCGACGUCGCGCAGCACGACGAGCACCAGGCGCUGGCCGACACAGUCGCUGCGCUGCGUCGCGUCAAGCACGUGGACAUUGUCGCAGUCUUUGCUGGCGCCGAGACGGGCGUCGUGCUCGCGGACAAGAUCUCGGAGCGCCUGCAGCUCACGACCAAUGGCACGCGCGGGUCGGCCGCUCGACGCAACAAGUACCUCAUGGGCGAGAAAGUACGGGCUGCGGGUUUGCGCGCAGUGGCGCAAGUGCAAGCGACCAAGUGGUCGCAGGUCGAGGCGUUUGUGACCGCGGAGCUGGUGCCAGACGGCAGCGACGGGGCGUUUCAAGUGAUUGUCAAGCCCGUGGAAAGCGCCGGCAGCGACGACGUGAUGCUCUGCCGCUCGAUGGACGAAGUGCGCGCGGCAUUUGGCAACAUCCAGGGCAAGAUCAACGGCUUGGGCCUCGAGAACCAGGCCACGCUGGUGCAGGAGUACCUGGACGGGACCGAGUACGUUGUGGACACUGUGAGUCGCCACGGCGUGACGAAAGUCGUAGCGCUCUGGGAGUACGACAAGCGCGCGGUGAAUGGCGCGCCGUUCGUGUACUAUGGCGUCAUGUUGCGCGCAGCGCCAGACGGCUCUGUGCUGGCCAAAGUGGUGGACUACGUGCUCAAGGUCAUUGACGCGCUGGAGAUUGCGCACGGCCCUGCACACGCAGAAGUGAAGGUGGUCAAGGGCGAGCCUUGUCUCGUGGAGAUUGGCGCGCGCUGCCACGGCGCCUCUGGCUCGUACCUGCCGAUCGUCACUCCUUGUCUCGGCUACAACCACGUGGACGCAGCGCUGGACUCGUACCUGGACGCUCAAGCGUUUGCAGACUUACCGGAUCGCCCGAAAGAGCUCAAAGCUCAUGGCUGUGAAGCGAUGCUGGUGUCGUACGAGGCUGGCAAGCUCACGGGUUAUCCGGGGAAGGACGAACUCGACAACCUGCCAUCGACAGUAUCGACGGUGUGGUAUACGCACACUGGCGAGGAGCUAAAGCCCACUGUCGACAUGUUUACGACACCUGGUAGUGUCAUUAUGGUCCAUGAAGACGAAGAGCAACUGAACCGCGACUAUGCACGCAUCCGCGAGCUGGAACACGAGGGUCUGUACGAGCUGGAAAGUGAAGAGAACACUGACGCAAAGCCAGAGAAGGCCCAUGGUACGGUGGUGGUGGUGGACCCUUUCUCGACAGGUGCGGUGCUGGCCCACGAACUCAUGUCUCGAGGCUACGACUGCAUUUGCGUGUACAGCGAUCGUCUGGAGAAUAUCGAAACCGUGGCAAGUUUGGUGCCGGAAGGACUUACGCUGGAGUUUGCAGCGACCGUCGCGUACGAGGGCGACUUUGAGCAGACCAUGGACACCAUUCGCAAGGCUGCACAGCAAGUUGCAGAUCGGCAGGUGAAGGGAAAGGACGGUUUGACGGCAGAUGCUUCGAUCUGUGCGGUAUUUGCUGGCGCGGAACUAGGUGUGAAGCUAUCGGAUACGAUCACGGAUACGCUGGGGCUGAAGGGUAAUCCGUUGGAGCACUCGAACGCGCGACGUGACAAGUACCUCAUGGGUGAGACCUUGCGCGCUGCCGGUAUACGGGCUGCGAAGCAGGUGAAGGCAAAGACUUGGGCCGAGGCAGAAGCCUUCAUCACACAGGAUCUGAAGCCAGAGCCUUUCGAAGUGGUGCUGAAACCGUUGGAGAGCGCAGGCACGGAAGAUGUGGUGCUGUGUCUAUCGAUGGACGAAGCAAAACGUACUUUUGACGGCAUCCUCGGCAAGAUCAAUGGCCUUGGACUCGAGAAUGACGCAGUGCUGCUGCAAGAGUACCUGGAGGGCGACGAGUAUGUGGUCGAUACGGUAAGCCGGAACGGAGAGCACAAGGUGACUGCUAUCUGGAAGUACGACAAGCGCCGCGUGAACGACGCUGCAUUUGUAUACUUUGGACUAGCAUUGGUGCCUGCUGAGGGUAUUGUCAACGAAAUGAUUGACUAUCAGUUUCAAGUGCUCGACGCACUGGGUGUUUGCAACGGACCCGCCCACGGGGAAGUCAAGUUCUGCCGCGGCUCUCCGGUACUGAUCGAGGUUGGCUCUCGCUGCCACGGCGGCGAGGGUGCAUGGGUGCCCAUUGCUAAUAUUUGCGUGGGCUACAACCAAGUGGCUGCGGCUGUCGACAGCAUCUUGGAUGGAGAGGCAUUUGCGAAGCUGGCUGAUCGACCACGGGAGCUCCUUGCUUACGGUUGCGAAGCCAUGCUCGUGUCGUACAAGAAUGGUAUGCUGAAGAGCACACCAGGCAUCACGGAGAUUGAAAAGAUGCCAGCGUUUCUCAAGAAGGAGAUCUUUGUUGCACCGGGAGACAGAGUGCGUCAGACGGUCGACAUGUUCACGACACCGGGCAGCAUCAUGCUCACACACAAGGACCGUGACGUACUCGAGUCUAGUCUCGCACGCAUUCGCGAGCUCGAGGUGGAUGGACUGUUUGAGGUGGAGUAG